AGAAGUUUUCUUAUAAGGAUUUUUCCCCGGGAACUUUUGAAAUGCCUGUUUAUGGGAGUCGAGAGGCGCAGGAGAGGCAGGAGUUUGACUUGCAACUUUCCAGGAUCGCUUGCUGCAACCAGUAACAUCUUUGGCUGCCCGUAACAGGAAGAGUGUGUGGUGUGGUCUCCGUUUCUGGAGCAAAGGCUACCCUCUGAAGAUGCUGCCCCUUGACCAUUGGGUCCUCAUCCUCUUACUUCCCUUGGUUCUGAUUGUUGCUCCCUCCUCUGGUUUUUUUGGCUGGCUCACUCAAAGCAGAACCCCAGAAAGCCAACCUGAGUCCCCAACACUUGCUCCAGACCCAAGGCAUCUCUCGCAUGAUGUUCCUUUUGAGAUGACCACGGCAGAUGAGAGCUUCUUGGUUGAGGCCCGGCAGUUGGAUCUGUCGCCCCUGGACUCCUGCCACCAUAAGGUUAUUGCGCAGCUGCGGUCAUCUUGCACAGACCUGGCAGAAGAGGAGCUGGCCAAGUUGGGUGUGUCCCUGUUCAACUGUCAGGCCAGCAUUGAAGGGCGUAGGACUUACCUGUGCACUGCGGACAUGACUCUAGCAGAAUGCACAGCUGAGAUGGAUCCAGACACCUGGAAUGCCUAUCACAUAGUGAGCAACCGCGCCCGGGCAGUCUGUUAUGCCACCCGCCAGAUGCAAUUCAAGCGCCAGGCUGAACAGACAGUCAACGCCUUGGUCUCCACAGCGAUCAACCAACUGGAAACGAUGGAAAUGCUUAAGAACGGCCAGGAGGAGCUGAAGGAACUGACCUCCGAGUCCCUGCAGAAAGUGGUGAACAGCCAGCAGGAGUUGCUGGCCCAGCAGGAGAAGUUGCAGGGCAGCCAGGAGCAAAUGGAAGAGGCCAUUCAUGGCAACCUGGACCAGCUGGCGAAGGAGAAGGCCCUGAUUGCCAGCGGGCAUCAGCAGGUGGCGCAGUUAAUCGAGGGCAUCACAAGGAGGAUGGAAAAUGUUAGCAGUCACCUAGAUCACCAGGAUAUGGAUCUGCAAGAGGGCCACAAGGCCAUCCUUAUGGACCUGUCCCAAGUCCAGAAGCGAGCUCAAGAAGUCUACUCAAAAAUAGAGACCAACUUGGGCUUAUUUGUGGCCCAUCAGAACCAGACUGCCUUGUAUUAUGACGAGCUGAUGGCGAAGUUGCACAGGAUGAAUGAGAGUCUUGGACUGGUGCUGUAUGCAAUGGACCACAUGCAGAGCAGUGUGGAAGGGCGACUCCAGCACAUUCAAAGAUUCAUCACCUGGGCAGGGUUCAGCCUGAGCUCCAUCUACACCUGUGUGCUCCAUGGCAGCUAUUUCCUCCUGGCAGCCCUGAUCAUGACUUUCCUGCAGAUACCUGGCCUCCCACGUGCCAUGCUUCUAGUCCUUGUUGUGGCCAAUGCUCUCAUUGAGCUAAACCAUGCUGUUUCCUUGGGAUUUAAGUCUCUCACCUGCCUCCUGAUCUUGACAAUUGCAGGCCAUUGCCUCCUGGGGAGCCUCUGCUCCUGUGCUCCGAGGGGGAGAAGGCUGAAGCCCGCCUUAUUACCGCCGUCGCUUCUAAGGGAGAGGACAGGAACAGGCACUCAUGAAGCGGAGCUGAAAGGUUCCAGCUGCUGCUGCAUCACCUCCACUCCUGACAGAGAAGGUAAUGUUGGCCUCCUGAACGGGGAGCUGGAGAAGCUGGAAGAGGUGAGCUACAUGUCAGAUGCAUCUCACCUGGAAAGAGAAUCCCCAGUGAAGGGUAAGGCCACCCUUCCAGAGGAGGACGGUCCAAUGCAGCUCUUGGCCGGUUGGAAGCCUCAGAAAGGUUACUCCGUCCACAGCAUGAGCCUUCGCCGCCUCAGUUUGACCCACUCCACCAGACAUGAGGCCCCGUUGGAGAGAUUCGCCCAGCAGCCCGUGGGCUCAGCCUUCAACUCCUUUCCCAACUUAAGGGCCUGUUCCCCAAAUGAGUCCAUGGUCAGUGAUGUCUCCAGUUGUUCGAUGUCUCCACGGCCACUCUGCCAAGGAAUCACCAGGACCGGGCAGCAGUGCAGGAAAAAGGCCAUCCCACGCCACGUGUUUUGCCAUGUUCAUGCUUCUGGUCAGGCCUCCUACACAAGCCAAUCAGCCACAUGCUUUUAAGAUUCUCAGUGGAGGGGUCUAAGAAACAGCAAAGAUGUUUGUGGACUCAGACCUUGCGUACUGUUCCUGGUGCUCAUUUUUGAGGCGGGGACAUUUUUAAAAUAUUUCACUUGGUUUUAUAUUUGUAUACUUCCGAAAUGAAGAAAUGGCAACCUAGGUUCCUAUGGAUGUAGAUGCUUAUCUUGGUUGAGGGAAAAGCGGCACCUGAAGCCAUCAGAUUAGGAACAUGACCUUCUGUUCUGCCUUGCCAGCUGCUGUUAACAAGCAUAACUGAAAGCACAGAAUUUCCAAGCCAAAGCCUGAGCCUAUUGGUUUUAUUCCUUCACAAAGGCAGUUCUCUGAUAAUGGAUGUCCACCUCUAGCUGCCUUUUGUCGGCACAGUGAUUGUGCUGAACCAGUAAGAACAAUUUUGUCUACUACCUCAGUUGCAUGACUUUCUACAAGGAGGGACCUACCUUAUCCACCAGUGAUCAUGAAUGAAAAUAUGCCAGUGGCUUUCCAAAUAUUUGCACUGAUUUCUUUUAAGAAUGCGCGUCUUCUUGUAUGUACAUUUAAUAAAUGUUCUGAGUCA